AGUAUAAUGGUAAUACAGUAUGUGCUAACACACAUAUGUGCCUGAACACAGUUGAUAUUACUAAUGUCAGUAUAUUGUAUUAUAUAGAGAUACUAGUAAACCUUACUUAGGAAUGAUGGGAGUGGUAACACUGUGGGGGCUGCAAUUAGUGAACAUACAUACAGUAUUGUAACUGAAGCUAUGGGGAGUCUACACAUCAAAGGCCCUUCACUGGUUUCUGUAUAUUACAUACUGUGUGGCUUCUAUGAUGAUUUAAAAGUGGUAGACAGUCGGAGCUGAAUUUAUUGCAAUAGAGAAGAACUAUUGGUUUAUAAUGGAAUCACUACUACUAAUAAGAAGCAUAUUAGUUAUACUGAGUACAUGUUAUACAAAUGGUCUUUCCCUUAGUGACCUGUACCCAUAUGGUACAGAACAUGGGGACACCAUGAGGAAUGGAUCUACUCUCCCUGUAGCACCAUUACUGGCUCCAAUUGAUAAUUUAGUUAGAAUUGGUCCAGCUGGAGUUACAGGAACAAGAUAUAGAGUUUCUGAAGAAGGGAUAUUUGGAAUUCGAAGUGAUGGUACCGCUAAUGACAUCUAUUUGAAUGUACUCUACUCAACUUCUGGCAUACAUGACAAUACUAAAGUAUAUGGUAGGACUACUACUGAUCCAGUGUUGCUAAAGAGAGCGAUGGAUCAGAUUAAUGAAGCAUUUCCUAAUACUUUUUGCAGUACAUCUCCUCCAACACAAUUAAUAAUAGCAACAUGGAUAGAUUUUUUAAAGUUUGACUCAAACCAAGGCAGUAACUUCCAAUUAAUAAUUGUCACUAAUGGAAGGAUUACAUUUGGUAUUGCACUUUAUGUCAAUGUGAGCAUUACAUCAGCUGAUGAGACUGGAAUAGGUUUCUUAAUUAAUGACGUUUAUGAACAAGCUGAUCCUUCUUUCUUUCCAUUUGGUACUACUGUUAUGGAUGCACCUAGCAUGAUGCUUAAUAGCAACAUACCAGGGACAUAUGUAUUUCCCCUAUAUGAUAUACCACCAGAUACUUGCAGUUCUGGCUGCUUUCCUUGUAAGUCUAGACUUGUUCAGUUAGCAUGUGAGGCUAUGAGGAGUAAUGGAGAAGAUGUACCAGCUUCUUGUAACAACUAAUUUUAUAUUAUUUCUUUUUAUUGUGUUUUUGUUUUUGUUUUUUGUGAUUAAAUUAUUUUCUAGUAGUAAAUUAGACAAUUUUAA